ACCGCCGGAGGUGACGUCAGCUCGGCCCGCGGUUGCCAUUGGUCGAGGGCCGACGGGUGAUCAUGUGACCGGGCUCAUCUCGUGAUCCAGGUGCCCCGAGCGGCCGGAGAUUGAACUAAGAUUGACUAUCUUUCCCUGAAGAGAAAAAGAGAUUAUUCAUUACAAUGCGUUUGGUUAUUCUUGAAAACUAUGACAAGGCCAGUGAAUGGGCAGCCAGUUACAUCAGCAAUUCCAUUGUUCAAUUCAAGCCAGGCCCAGGUCGAUACUUUACUUUGGGUUUGCCUACAGGGAGCACACCUGCUGGAUGUUAUAAAAAGCUGAUUGAAUAUUAUGAAAAUGGCUAUCUCUCAUUUAAAUAUGUGAAGACGUUUAACAUGGAUGAAUAUGUUGCACUUCCAAGGGAUCAUCCAGAAAGUUACCAUUCCUAUAUGUGGAAUACCUUUUUUAAACACAUUGAUAUAGAUCCGAACAAUGCUCAUAUUCUUGAUGGUAAUGCACCAGAUCUGCAGGCAGAGUGUGAUGCAUUUGAACAGAAGAUUUCUGAUGCUGGAGGAAUUCAGCUCUUUGUUGGAGGCAUUGGCCCUGAUGGACAUAUCGCUUUCAAUGAACCCGGGUCUAGCCUGGUGUCAAGAACGAGGGUGAAAACGUUAGCCAAAGAGACCAUUCUUGCCAAUGCCAGGUUUUUUGAUGGCGAUCUAUCAAAAGUACCUACCAUGGCAUUAACUGUUGGUGUCGGAACAGUGAUGGAUGCUAAAGAGGUAAUGAUUCUCAUCACAGGAGCGCACAAAGCAUUUGCAUUGUACAAGGCAAUAGAAGAAGGUGUCAAUCAUAUGUGGACCGUUUCUGCUUUCCAGCAGCAUCCACGUACAACAUUUGUUUGUGAUGAGGAUGCUACUUUGGAGCUUAAAGUUAAAACUGUGAAAUAUUUCCAAGGUUUAAUGCAUGUUCAUAAUAAACUCGUGGAGCCAUUGCACAGUAUGAAAAGUUACAACGACUGAAGAAAGUGAAAAGAGAGGAAACUUCCCAUAAUUGUUCAACUGACUGGAACUUGAAAAAGGCAUUGCUAAGUUGAAUUCUAUGCAACUUUUUUUUUAUAUAUUGACAAAUUAAUGGAAAUUAAGCAAAGUGGUUGCAGUGAAGUAAUUUAGAAAUUGCUCUUGGGUAUUCAAAAUUUCUCUUUUGCUUUUUGACUGAGUAUUUUUGGUACUCCAAAGGUCAUCAACCAUGAAUGUUUAACUGUUUAUAAUGAACUCUUACAAAGAAUAAGUUUAAGGAAAAAAACAAGGAUAUGGGAGUUGUCUACAGUCCCAGAGUUACGUAAAGGUUCAGUUUCCGAGAACUAUCCGCAAGUCAAGAACAUCUGUAUACACUUCCUAUAAUUUCAUUUAAUUGGAUACCGUCUAUGUUCAAUCUAACACUAUCCAUAAAUAAUGAAAUGUGUAUUGCAUCCAGUUAAUACCACAAAAUAUUUUGAUACAGGCUAACAAUGCAUUCACUUCUGAAUGUCGACUGAGAUCAUAAGCAAUCAAAUUGUAAUUGUGUUAAAUAAAAAGAGUACAGUAGGUAACUCAUGAAGUAAAUGGAAUUGUGGAGGUGGGGAAGGCGCAGGCUGUCUUCCUUAAAAUGACUGGAUAGAGGCCUCCUCCUAUAACAGGCCAGUGUCUCGUCCAUUUCUCUACUCACUUUAAAGAAUCAUGAAGAAUUGGGGUCCAUUUCUCAAACCAUGCCAUUGCUGAUGCAAUCUGAAAGUUCAGCUCCAUGAGACACGCAACAUUGAUUUCCAGCUCAAGCUGUUUGGCAAGCUUCACAAUUUUAUCUACCCCCUCCAUGUAAGUUUUAUCUUUCUGGAAACCUUUCAAAGCCUUGUACAAUCUGGGGGCACAGCUUAUUCCUUGCCCCUUUCAAACAAGUUUCAGUAACCUCUACCCAUGCUUUAUCAGUGUUUUGGAUACCUUGAUAAAAGUUGUAAGAUUUCCAAAUACCACAUAAAGUUUUACCAGUCUCUCUCUGUGGCAUCUAAUGCGUGAGGAAAGAUCCUGCUCAGAUGAUGGACUUGGAAAAUUUGCAAUGGCCUCCCUGGUCCAUGGGUUGGACGAGUGAAGUUGUGUUUUGUGGGAGAAAUAUAACUUUUACAUUCACAUGACAAUCGUAAAUGUGUGGGAUAGCCAGGACCAUUAUUAACCACAAGCAAAAUCUUGAAUGGGAUACCCUUGUCUCUGCAGUAUUUUUCCACUUCAGGAGUAGUCAAUUCCUGAACCAACCCUCAAAUUGCUAAUGUCACCCAAGCCUUUGCAUUUGCACAGAAGUAAAUUGGAAAGGUCACUUUACUGAUGCCCUUAAAUGCUCAUGGGUUUUCCAAAUGAUACAUAAGCAGUAGUUUCAGUCUGUGAGCUCUGGCUGCAUUAGUCCCAAGUAUAUGCUGAUCUUUUGCAGCCUUAAAACCAGGCAUCUUUUUCCUCUUUGGAAAGGUAUGUUCUGUCUGGCAUUUUUUUUCCUGAAAAGUCCUGUCUCAUUGAUGUUAAAGAUUUGCUAUGCCAUGUAACCACCUUUAAUGUAUUUCUUUUAGACAUACCAGAAAACAAUUCCACUGCUUUCCUAUCACUGGCAGCCUUGCUACACAUUUUCGUGUUAGAAAAUCAGCACAAGCCUUAAAUCUAUUCAACCAGUCAUGACUAAACACAAAUUUGGUGAUGGGAUCAGCAUGCUUUCAAGUCUUUGGGAAAAACUUCUAGCUUUAUCUUGAAUCACUGUUCGGCUAAGCAGAACACUCAUUUGAAUGAGAUCUUCUAUCCACAAAGUAACUUCACCAUCUCACAGCACCUGAUGGCCACUUUGUUAUCACAAUUGAUUUGAAAGGUGCCAAAACUUUCACAUGUUCCUUGAGACAUUCCCCAUUCUUAAAUCAUUCUCUAUAUUGAGGUAGUGAGACCAAGCUUGUAUGAGAUGGAAGAAAAUCUUUGUCCUCCUUUAUUCUUAAUCUGCUCUAAGUUGAUCACCUUACUCUUGCGAGAAGGUCUUGCAACCACUUUGUCACUUUCCAGUCAUUAUUGCAAUGCAAUUAAGAGUGAUUAUUAUUCUCAAAGUUAUGAGUCAACACUGUGACACUGACAACAUGACUGCAUGUAUACAACGGAUGCUGCUUCCCACCAUAUGCUUCCACUUCUGUAUUCACCUACAUUGCACUAGUUUCCAAUUCUAUAGCUAACUUUCCUAUUUUUAAUUUUUAAAAUUAUGGCUGGAAAAAAUUGCUUAAAGUUGGAUUUCUUUAAGUCAGGUUAUUCAUUACCCAGGGAGCUGCUGUACUUGCAAAGAAUAAUUAUGUUUACAGGAUACUGCACAAAACAUUCCAAAUUUCAAUUACCUCAGUAUUUUUUUCCUUCCAUUCAGUUAUUUAGAAAUUAAAAUGUGCAUACAAAGGACCAAUUUGCUGAAAUAUUUACUAAAGGUUUCCAUUGUUAAGUUGAUAUGGUAUUAACCAUUGCAUCUGUGGAAAUAGUAAAUUAAUUAUACCUUCACCUGCAUCUGCUAACUGAGCUUUAGAAGAAAUGUACUCAAAUUCCAAAUGUUUUGAUUAUUUCACAAUCUAACCAACCCAAGAAAAAAAAUGCAAACUUUUUCAUGCCCCUCUCACCUAUUAAAAGGUGGCACAUUGCACAAUAUUACACAUUGAAAUUAACAAUAACACAAAAGUUACAAUUUUCAUGUAUAGCUAAGUGGAUUACAGAAUAUAUCUAUUUUGCAAGCCAAAUGGAAACUACACUGCUCUGAAUUUUAACUUAACAACUUCUGGUAUGGAUUUCCUGUUGUGCUUUUAAUGUUUAUUGUUGCACUGCUCCUUUUGUCCUUUCAUGACAUGGUAUUAACCAAUAGUUUGCUUUCCUGUGUGUAUUUGUAGUACUAGAGUGUGAUUAACGAGACCACCUUGUGUUAUCUUAAUCAUGGUAAUUAGUUGCAGACAAAAGUUAUGUUAAACGUGAUUCUAUUUCUAUCGAUCGGAAAUAUUUAGUAAAUGGCAAUGCUUUAUAAGGAAAUAACGUCAGAAGUAUAAGUAGCUUAAAUGCUUAUUUGCUAAAGUAUUAUGUCAGCAUGGGUAGAUUAUUUCAGAAAUUCUAAUUUAGGAUAUUUCACACAUUUAAGCAUUUAAUUUGAUAGCUGUUUGAUUCCCUAAAGGUGCAUAAAUUGUACAGAAUAGUAAUGCUAUAUAUUUGCUGCAUUAAAUGCUGCUUCAUGAUAUUGUAGAUUUGAAUGUUAAACUUUCAUUUGUAUUUGCAGCUUUUUCUGGAUGUCAGAGUUGUGUAUUAAAACACAGUAGCUUAUCUUUGCCUUAAUCUAAAUGACCUUAACUGAUCUCAAUAAAGGCCUUUCAAUAAUAA